AUCCUAAAACUUGGAAUUUUUACCGCACGAUAUAUGAGGUCUCUAAAAUCAGAAUAUGGAGGACGUGUUUGGCGUCUGUAGAAUAGAAGCAUAUGUAACGUAGUUUCAAAUUUUUCUUUCUUAAAAUUGAGACAUAUUAUUCGUAUAAGACGAGAUAUGGCAGACGAAAGUAAUGUGUUGUUUUUAAGAAGAAAUGGAAAUGAAAAUGAAAAUGAAGAUCUUUGGGAUGAUACUGCAUUGAUACAAGCAUAUGACAAAGCUGUCAACUUGGCCAAGGAAGAAGUAGCAAAGCGUAUUGCUAUGGAUACUCAAGAUCAGCAGGCAAGAUAUAAAUCACAGAACAAAUGUUCAAGUCACACAAUAAAGCCCCUUAAGAAAUGGACCAUUGGUGCUCCAUGUCGUGCUAUAUACUCAGUAGAUGGAGAAGUUUACGAAGCUAUUAUAUCAAAGAUUCAUCAAAAUUCUGGCAUGUGUACAGUGAAAUUUGUUGGAUAUCAGAAUACAGAAAAAGUAGAAUUAAGUUCUCUUCUGGAAUCUGAAGGUUUACAAAGUCAAAUUGCUCAGCAUAAAGAAGCAGUAGCACAAAAGGCUAAUGAAGAAGUCAUAGAUUCUGACACAUCUACCUAUUCCAACCUACAGAAUUCUAAACAAAUUAAUGGCGAAAGAAUGGAUUGUGAUACAGAGAAUCCCGAGCCAAGUAAUUUCAGAUCCAAAUAUGAAAAUAAUCUGCCUGGAUCUGAAUAUUUCACUACAAAAAUAGAUGGAAUACCACCUGCACCACCCUUACCACCACAAUUUCUUGCAAAGUUACCUGAAUCUGAUGCGGAUGCUUUGUCUAGUAUGUUGAUGUCAUGGUACAUAAGUGGAUUUCACACAGGUUAUUAUCACGGAUUAAAGCAGGCUAAAAUUAAUCAACAGAAGAGAAGAAAUUGUCAAUAGUCUGGAAAUGAUUAUUUUUCAGACUUAUUUUUAGGAUAAAUUUAUAAUUUUAUGUUACAAUUUAGGUAUUGUGUUAAUAAAUAAAUUUGCAUCAAUAAAAUCCCGCAGAUAAAGAUAUAUUCGUUCGCACGUAUCACAC